GAAUUCACGAAUAACCUCUUUUCUUUAACUAAACGUUCAAUUAUAAUGGGGAAAGUUAUAUGUAUUAAUUUUUUGUUUCAAAGGUUAACGGUCAGUGGUUUUGAUUAAUGCAGUACGUUUCACAACUUUUGAUCCCUACUCAUCAGUUUUUAUGGGACCAAAGUUCGUACAGUUUAUCUUAUAAGAUUAGAAUUAAAACAAGUAUUCAACCUUUUAACUAUCCAUUAUCAGAGAUAUAUUGUUUAUAAUUAAUGGUGUUAUCUUUUUAUUUAAUUACAUAAAUAGUUAGUUUCGAUUGUCACCCUGUGGCUCCGCGGCAGAUUUUUUAGCACCAUGUCUCAUCUCAUAGAAGAUUUUAAACCAGGACCGCUUGAUGUCUAUCGUAAGAAAACGUCUUUUGACUGGAAAAAAUUGAAGUUAUUCAUUGAAACUGAAGAUGGAAUUAAUUAUCAGAAUGAAAUGUACAAAAUGCUGGAAAGUAAUCCUGUGCACAAUAAGGAAAACCUCACCAGCCUACCCAGAGACGAGCAGCGCAGAUUAGCGUUUUUCGGAUCGUGUGAUCAAGGCCAAAACCAUAUUCUGUCCUGGCCUUAUGUGCUGCAAAACUUACGACGACCAUCAUCCCUUUCUAGGGUGUUAACCUCAUCGAUAGCAUCGGCCUAUGUAAAACACACGGUCGGUAACAGUUUGUUUGUUAGCUCAAUUAUAAAUAUGGGUACAGAGAGACACCAACAGUUCAUCGAUGAUGCUGAAGCUGGAAAGAUUUUCGGUUGUUACUGUUUGACUGAAAUCGCGCAUGGAAGUAACACAAGAGGCAUGCGCACAACAGCCACUUACGACAAAAAGAAGCAAGUUUUUUGUGCUCAACUCACCCGAUUUUGAAGCAGCUAAAUGCUGGGCUGGUGGAUUGGGCCAGACCGCCAUGUUUGGAACUGUUUACGCACAAUUAAUUUUAGACAAUGUCAAUUACGGUUUGCACGCAUUUGUAGUACCGUUCCGUGAUCCCAAGACGCUGCUACCGUUUCCAGGAUUAGAGAUUGGAGAUAUGGGAGGAAAGAUCGGUUUGAACGGUAUCGAUAAUGGGUUUGUUCAAUUUACCAACUACGAAAUUCCAAGGGUUAACCUACUCAAUAAAAUAGCAGACGUGUCUGAAGAUGGUCGGUACAUAACUCCGAUCAAAGACCCGAAUAGAAGACACGGGGCUGCAUUAGGAUCUCUGUCAGCGGGAAGAGUAAAUAUUGCUGCUAUGGUUGACGCUUUGGGUGCAAAAGCUCUUACUAUAGCGAUCCGGUAUGCAGCAGUAAGGAAACAGUUUGGACCAAAUGGAAAAGAAGAGAUGCCAAUUUUAGAAUAUCAAAGUCAUCAACUUCGGCUGAUACCCUACUUAGCAGCGGCAUAUGUACUAAGAAACUUCAAUACGUAUUUCUCAGAAAGGUUCUAUGAAUUCACCAUGAACAACAUUUUGGGCACCUCCUUGCCGAAUGCACCUGAGAUGGGAAUCGAAAUUCACGGUGUUUCUUCAGCGGCAAAACCUAUGGCUGGCUGGAUAAUGAAGGACGCCGUACAGGAAUGCAGGGAGUGCUGCGGUGGACACGGGUAUCUUCAUGCGGCUGGUUUGGGCGAUGUUAGGAAUGAACUUGAUCCCAAUUUGACGUACGAAGGAGAAAAUCACGUGUUGAUUCAACAGACCGUUAAUUGGCUUCUUAAAAUAGCCCCACAAAUGAUUGAAGGUAGACAAAUAUCUACUCCUUUGCAGUCAGUUGAUUUCCUAUCGAACGGUUUGAACAUUUUGAAGAAUAGUAGAUUCACUGCCAGAGGAACCGAUGAAAUCAGUCAUCCAGAAAGUAUUAUCAAAACAUUCCAGUGGAUAGUUGUAUAUCUAUUGAAAGCUACUCACGACAAAGUAGGAGAAGAAUUGAAGGCUGGAAAGGACUUGUUCGAGGCCAAAAAUAACAGUCAAGUGUACUACGGAAAAAGUUUAGGAAUAGCAUUUAUUCAGCAUUUCUUCUUGCAAAGAAUGUUGGUAACCAUCUCCGAAGCCGAAAAUCAUGCUAUAAAGGCUGUUCUCACAAAAAUCUUGUCACUUUUUGGAUUGUGGUCUAUAGAAAAAUGGCACAUGGCGACUCUAUUUAAAGGAGGAUUCGCUUCAAGUGCCUUAGCACCGACUUUAAUCCAAGACGCGAUUUUAAAAUUAUGUGCCGAUCUCAAAGACGAUGCUGUAGGUCUGGUAGACGCCAUUGCAGUGCCGGACUUUAUAUUGAGAUCGUGUUUGGGUUCUUCGGACGGACAAGUAUACAAACGUCUCAAAGAAUCGAUGACCAAGGAUGAAUACAACAUGAAUAGACCACCAUGGUGGAAAGAGGUUGUAAACUACGCCGAAAACAAUAGUGCGAAGAGUAAACUAUAAGUCACAUGUGAUACAGAAAAAUAUAUUUUUUUAAAUAUUUUUACAAAUUGAUGAAAAAUGACAUAGAUAUUACGUCAAACGUAACAAUUUUAUACAUUUAAUAUUUUAAGUGGACCAGUGGGAAUUUAUUUAUAAUUAUUGUUGAGUUUUAAAAAUAUAUUAUUUU